AUGCUUAUCCCUCGGACUCUGACGCUCACUUGCCUGUUCAUGCCAUGGCUUGCGUCGGCUGCAUUGUUUCCAGCUAAAACCGAAGUGAAGGUGAUUGACGCCAAGGGUUUCAAGAAAGUCAUGGACCAUAAUGUUACAUCCGUCGUUGCGUUUGUAGCUCCUUGGUGCGGUUACUGCCAAAGGAUGGCACCUGAGUACAGCAAGGCUGCCGAGGCACUUGCUCCCAUGGUACCACUCUUCGCGGUGGACUGCGAUCAAGCAUCCAAUAAGCCGCUGUGCUCGGAACAGGGUGUGCAAGGAUUUCCCACAGUCAAAGUAUACCCACGCGGUGGCCGUUCGAAGCCACAAAGUUUCGAUAGCCCGGAGCGAACUGCAACCAAUUUUUUCCAUUGGGCAUCGCGCAGCAUCCCUCACGCGGUCAAGAGGCUCGACAGUGUUUCUGAAAUCUCCGGUUGGACCAACGAGAAUGCUGCUCAGCCACGCGCCCUCUUACUGAGUUCCACCAAAGACAUUCCGCUGAUAUGGAAGGCGCUGGGCAACAAGUACAAGCACGCCAUCUCAUUCGGGAUUCUCCAGGACAAGAGCGGUAAACAAGCAGUGAAGUUGGGAGUGGAGGAUACUCCGACCAAGGACUCAAAGGUGCUCAUUCACCCUCCAGGAUCACAGCAGUUCGUUCGCUAUGAAGGGCCCCUGAAAUACAAACCACUGAACAAGUAUCUCGGCUCCGUCGCAGAUGGGACCGCUGACUUUCCCAUACUGCGGGAACAGUCCGAAGACUCGCCCGUGGCUCCGGACGCUCCUGUUAGCACCAACGGAGAUGCGACGCGAUCGGAGUCGGCGACCUCUUCGACUGUCACUCCUAUUUCCUCUGUAUCUAGCGCUCAUAUUGAGGAAGCCAGAGCGACGGAAGGAGCCCUAGAUCAGAAGGAAGCUGAUGAGGCAGUCAAGGCCACGGAGGGUUCGGCCAACGCCAAGCCCUCGAGCGUUCCUGAGGCGACGGCCGCUGCAGGCCCAGACGUGGAGGGGGAUUCGCGCCCGGACCAUACCAGAGAUGAACUGUGA